AUGGCGACUCGUUUCUCCAGUCGUUUUCUACCCACCUCCGCCAAACAAACCAUUUCUUCAGCCUUUUCUCGCCACCACUCUUCUCAUCUUCUCACCACACCUACUUCCCGUACUUCCUCUCUCGUUUGGCUUCGGCCACUUAUUGCAGUAGCCGCCGAUCUCCGCCAUUUCUCUCCGACGGCGAGUACUGUUGAGGGCUUCGUGACUCGCCAGAUGUCUGAGGGUGAGCCUACCAGAGAUGAAAUCAUUGAUAGCUUCAUCAAAACCCUAGCUAUGGAGUUUGAAGAUGCUAGGGCUGAUCAGUUUAAUGCAGCUAUUGGUGACUGUAAGAAUCCUAGGCCAUCUGAUGGUGGGCUGUUAAUGAUGCUGGCGCGGGAGGAAUUUAUGAUAAGGCAUGCAUUAAUGACGGUGAUAAGGGUAUUUCUAAUUUUGAAAGACACUUUCAAUGAGACAAUCAAGCAUUAA